AUGUCUCCUCAUAGGUCAGAUUCGAUGGAGGCUCAGGACAACAUUAGGAAGCGAGUGUGCAAAGCCUGUGAUCGAUGCCGCUUGAAGAAGUCAAAAUGUGACGGAUCAAGCCCCUGCACUCGAUGCAAAGCCGACAAUGCUAUCUGUGUAUUCGGUGAGAGGAAGAAGUCGCAAGACAAAGUCUACCCGAAAGGAUACGUUGAGAUGUUGGAACAGCAACAAACGCAAUUAGUAGCUGGACUUCGUGAGCUCUACAACCGCUUACAAAGGGGUGAGAGCUGGCCAGGACAGCCACUGCAGGAAUCCACAGGCGGCCACCCAUUGACGCACGACAUUCUGGAACGCCUCGAUCUUCUGCACUCAUCCGGAGACGACAAGAGCCAUUACGAGGGCUUUGAAGAAGACACUGCUCGCAUGCAACAAAGACUGAUCGAAGGAGGUGCUCCCUACACCCGAAGACGGGCAUCCGUUAGCUCAGACUCUGAACAUGGCCAUGUUUCACCAAACUCAUCGUAUAACGGUACUCCGACCACCAAAUCAUUCGCUUUCGACAGCCCAUUUACACGUCAUAACGCGCCGCCAACACCGCCAAUGAACAGCCCAUUUCCCCGACAAUCUCAAGUAGUAUCGCCAGUCAAGCAAGAAGCACCCAUGGUACAAGCACCUUUCAUGAGCAGCACUGCGAUGGAUCCUUCGACGUUGUCGCGAGCGCCAUGGAUGAACGACACCAUGAUGAUGGAAGACCCUGUAGACUUCAGCAAGCCCAUGUAUGGAUUCGACAACUUUGGCGCAUACGAUCAGAACAUGAUGGUGGAUCCGAUCUCGAUAAAUCAAAGCGACCCAAUGAUGCCAGACUGGAACAUCCAUAGCGACCUGGAUUUCAGCAGUUUCAUACAAAAUCCCGUUGGCGCAUGA